GAAUUUAAUAGGAUAGUUGCAUGCUUAUUUCAUUUUGUCUAGUGGGCUCAGCCUAUACUUUAGUGUAAUUGAUUGAAAAGUUACCUUUUUUUCUUCCCACUUCUUCUAUGAGUUGUAAUGAACUUAUGAUGAAAUCAUUGUUCUUCUUUCUAUAUUGCUAUAAAAAGGGUUUUCUAACAUUUAACUCUAGGUUUGUAUACCAUUCUCUUUCCCUUUUACAGCAGCCUCUAUUGAAUUCAGUAUCUAUAAUAUAGGAAAGUAGCAUGAGAGCUAAGAGUUUGAUAAGUAAGAAAAAGUUUAGCAUUAGAAGGGAAUUGAGGAAGAUGAUAAAGUGUGUGUGUUCAAAGGAGAAGUUAAGUGUAGAUGAACUGAAUUAUUCAUCAGAGUCCCUUGCAACUAGGGAUUAUUCAGCAACAGCAAGUGGUUAUUCAUCUCGUCCAGGUGAAAAUGAUACAAAGUUGGAUAAUAGUAACAUUGAAGAAGCAGAAUCAUCUCUACGUGAAAGUGGUUAUUUAAACUAUGAGGAAGCUAGAGCCUUGUUAGGAAGACUUGAGUAUCAAAAAGGCAACAUUGAAGCUGCACUUCAUGUAUUUGAAGGAAUAGAUAUUGCUGCUGUCAUUCCAAAGAUGAAAAUGUCUAUAUCUAGAAAAUGUGAAUCCAAUAAUAAACGCAGUCCACAACGUGAUUCAGUGCCUUCUAUGUCGAUACAUGCUGUUAGUUUACUUCUUGAAGCUUUUUUUCUCAAGGCUAAAUCAUUGCAAACUCUUGGAAGGUUUCAAGAAGCUGCUCAAUCUUGCAAAACUAUUUUAGACACAGUUGAGUCUGCAUUACCAGAAGGUUGGCCCGAAAACUUUGUUUCAGAUUGUAAAUUACAAGAGAUAGUAACAAAUUCUGUAGAACUGCUUCCGGAGUUAUGGAACCUCGCAGGCUCACCUCAAGAUGUUAUCUUAUCAUUUAGGAAAGCCUUGCUUUAUCAUUGGAAUCUUGACACUGAAUCAACUGCAAGAAUACAAAAGGAAUUUGCUUUGUUUCUUUUGUACAGCGGCUACGAAGCGGACUCUCCUUCGCUUCGCUCUCAAUUGAACGGUUCGUUUGUGCCAAGAAACAACAUAGAAGAAGCUGUUCUUCUACUUCUGAUUCUGCUGAGAAAUUCUAAAGAUCGCUCAAUAAUUCAUCACCUUUCUUUCGCGCUGAGUGUUUGUGGUGAAUUCAUGACACUAGCUCAACAAGUUGAGGAAUUACUUCCAGAAACAAUGGAGAGAAGAGAAAGAUAUUACACUCUAGCUCUUUGUUACUGUGGUAAAGGUGAGCAUAUAGUUGCUUUGGAUCUUUUGAGGAACCUAUUGAAAAAUAGAGAGAACUCGGUAUACUCGGAUUGCAUAGAGGAAUUGCUAUUAGCUUCAAAAAUUUGUGCAGACAACAAGGUUUGUAUCGAAGACGGAAUCAAAUUUUCAAGCAAGGCAAUUUCUCAAAUGCAUGGAAAGUGUAAUCAAAUAGAAGCUAUUGCAAAUUGUUUACUAGGUGUUCUACUGUCAGCAAAAUCGAAGUCAGUUACUUCUGAAUCAGAGAAAGUUUUGAUACAAUCUCAAGCAUUCAGUGCUUUAAAAGCUUCUGAGAAAUUGAUGAAGGAAAAUGAUCCUUACAUUGUUCUUAAUCUUUGUCUAGAAUAUGCUGAGCAUAGAAAGUUGAGAAUUGCUUAUGAUCACGCAAAGAAACUGAUUAAGCUGGAAGGUGGAUCGAGUAUUAGCGGAUAUAUACUACUAGCGCGGAUUUUAUCGGCUCAAAAAAAGUUUGUUGAUGCGGAGAUUGUUAUUGAUGCUGCUUUAGAUCAAAGCGGAAAAUGGGAUCAAGGAGAAUUGUUGAGAACUAAAGCUAAGAUUCAGAUUGCACAAGGAAGAUUAAAAAAUGCUAUUGAGACAUACACUUUUUUUCUUGCGAUUCUUCAAGUCCAUAAUAAAAAUCUAGGAACUGCAAAUAAGGUUAUGAAGUGUAAGAGAAAUCGUGACAGAAGACUAGAAGUGGAAGUUUGGCAUGAUUUAGCCAAUGUGUACACAGCCUUGUCGCGGUGGCAUGAUGCCGAAAUUUGUCUUGCUAAAUCUCAGGCUAUUGAUCCAUAUUCCGCUUCUAGAUUGCACUCCACAGUUUAUGCAGGUUUACUUAAUGAAGCAAGAGGUCUUCAUCAAGAAGCAUUGAAAUCAUAUAAAAAAGCAUUAGAUAUUGAGCCAAACCAUGUGGCAAGUUUGAUAUCAACAGCUUGUGUUCUGAGAAAACUUGGCGGUCAAUCAUCAUCUUUAAUUGUUAGAAGCCUUCUCACCGAUGCAUUAAAGCUUGACACAACAAAUUCAUCUGCAUGGUACAAUCUUGGACUUCUCUACAAAGCUGAUUUGGGAACAUCAGCAUUGGAAGCUGCUGAAUGCUUUGAAACAGCUGUUUUUCUUGAAGAAUCAUCUCCCAUUGAACCCUUUAGAUAAUAACACCUUUUAUUUUUAUUUUGGUGUGCUUGUAAAGUUGGUUUAUUAAAUUCUUUUUUGAUAAAUGAAAUAGUAAAAGGAGAAAGUACUAAGGCAAGUGCUUCAUAUUAAUUUAUGUAAGUAAUCAUUUUAUCAUAA